AUCGAACUUCCUAAAGCGCUCUGGUCGCAGACUCGCAGUGGCCGCAGCUGCAGCGUCCCCUCCCUUUUCGCCAUCGAGCGUCAACUGUGCUGGCCGCCGGCGCGUAACUGCACCAGGGUCACUGCUUACGAGGAAGAGGAGGCACAACAGUGUUGUUGGGGUGUCUCGUCGUGCGGUGCCGGUGCCGGUGACCAUGGGCGUGCACGCCAGGGCGAUGAGCUGGUACACGAGCCCGCCGGGGUCGCCGGCGCCGGGGAGCGCCGCCGAGGCGGAGCACGCGCUGAGCAGCAGCCCCCGGGGCGGCGACACCAACAUGGUCAUCGUCCUCGCCGCGCUGCUGUUCGCGCUCCUCUUCGCGCUGGGCAUCAACUCGCUCGCGCGCUGCCUCAUCCGCUGGGCGCGCCGCGCGCCGGCAGCGGAGGGCGGCGGCGCCGGCGGGCUCGAGAAGCGCGUGCUCCGGAGCAUGCCCGUCGAGGUGUACGGCGCCGCGGCCGUCACCGUCGCCGACGUCUGCGCCAUCUGCCUCGGCGAGUUCGCGGACGGCGAGAAGGUGCGCGUGCUGCCGCGCUGCGCCCACGGCUUCCAUGUCCGCUGCGUCGACACCUGGCUCCUGUCGCACGACUCCUGCCCCACGUGCCGGGGCUCCGUGCUCGACGGCGCAAAGGCCGCCACUCCCGCCGGUGGGGGCAGCCGGUGGCAGGGCAGCGAGGCUGCUGCCAUCGCCGUUGUCAUUGGAUGACGUGGACAGGAAGGGCCCGCGUGCCCAUUGGUGGUGGUGGCUAGGUCUGCAAUAAUACAGUUUAGUUCGGUUCGAUUUAGCACA